CUGCGGGGUGUGAGUGAGCGUCUGCUCUCACAGCAGAUGUUGUGGAUGAUUGUUGCGGGAGAUCUCUGACACUUUUCCUGCUGAAGUUACCGACGCUCGGCUGGAAGCUCUCAAGUCUCCCGGAUCAGUUUUGGAGUCGCGUGCAGCGCGCAUCAGCUUGAACACAAGACACGCGAUCUGUUGGACUGCUUUUCUCACAUUUUUUUUAAGUUUGCAUGUAUUUUCCAGGCUUGAUUUUAUUUUUCUGAAUUGCAUUUGGGAUUUUUUUUUAAUUAUUUUUUAGUACUUUGGUGUUGCUCUGAUGUGAUCUGAAAGGAAACGUGCGUAUUGAGCAGAUAUGUUCGUGCGUUAUGGGAGUUUAGCCCUGCAGCCGCUCUCCUGAAGUCCCACAUUUGCAUUUUGGUUAUUAAACUUUUACUGGACAGCAGAGGCUCCAGACGCGCGGAGGGGAUGGCCAGCGAGCGGAAACCGCGGCUUUGUGUCAUGACAAAAGGGGACAACGGGUAUGGAUUUCACCUGCACGGCGAGAAAGGGAAGAGCGGGCAGUUCAUCCGGAAAGUGGAGACCGACUCCCCUGCAGAAGCUUCGGGGCUGCGAGCCGGGGACAGAGUGGUGGCCGUGAACGGAGUGAACGUGGAGAGGGAGACGCACCACCAGGUGGUGCAGCGGAUCAAGGCCCUUGAGAACGAGACCAGGUUGCUGGUCGUCGACCAGGAGACGCAUGAGACCCUGCGGAGCCUGCGCCUCACGGCCACGGAGGAGAUGGCCGUCGUUGGGACGGGGCCUCCUCCCUCCACCUUCCCUCCCCCGGCGCCCUCCCCUCAGGUGCCCACCUCCACCCCGUCGUCCCCCAUCAAGAAGCGCGAGAACGGCUCCGUGUCCAAGCAGCCCACCGGCGUGAGCGGCCAGGUGCAGAAGCCCACCAGGAGGUCACCGUCGAAGGCUGCGAAGAAGGAGGCUGUGGUCCACGCCGAGGCCGACUCCCACCCCCAGACCGACCCGUCGGAGCUCGCCCCCCGCCUGUGCCACCUGGUGAGAUCGGAGACGGGCUACGGCUUCAACCUGCACAGCGAGCGCUCGCGGCCCGGCCAGUACAUCCGCUCCCUCGACCCCGGGUCGCCCGCUGACCACGCUGGGCUCCGACCGCAGGACAGGCUCAUCGAGGUAAACGGUGUGAACAUCGAGGGCAUGCGGCAUGCAGAGGUGGUGGCCUUUAUAAAGAAAGGAGGAGACGAGACCUGGCUGCUGGUUGUGGAUCCAGAGACAGACGAACACUUCAAGAGGAGGGGAGUGAUUCCUACAGUCAACCAUCUCAAAGAUUAUGACGGCCCCUCCAUGUCCAACGGCUCCUCGGGCCCUCAGAUCAACGGCAGCUCCACCACACAGUCCAUCAGGUCCACACACUCAGACCUCAGCAGCCAGGGCAACAGCACACAGCUGGCGGAGGACGAGGGCGGCCGGCUGCUGGACCCGUUCGCUGAGAUGGGUCUGAGUCUGAGCGCCACGGCGGCAGAGGAGAAGAUGAAGGUCCACUCCAAAGAGAAGAAGAAAGCGCCGCAGAUGGACUGGAUGAAGAAAUACGAGCUCUUCAGUAAUUUCUGAGACAAACACUCUUCAGAGACCAAAGGACAAAGUUCUCUGCUUCCUCCUUAGAGGACCCGUUUGUAUUGUGGGAAAACGUCCCUUCAAAUACACAGACCUGUUUUUUUCUCUCUCUCUCUUUCAAAGAAAGAACCAAGAUGACUUGCGCAAGAAAAAUCACUUCUUCCUGGAAAUAAAUAUGACAAGAGGACGAAGCUGUCAGGAGGAUUUGACUUUUGAGCCUCUUCAGACACUAUUUAACCUUUUUCCUUUCACGUACAACACAAAUAAACAGCUGAAUGACUCCACAAACCUUCUGAUCUGCUCAGACGAGCUUAUCAAAGUCGUCACGCGCAUCGUGUCCUGCAGUCAGCGCGGAGCACCGCAGACACGCCUGCGCAAAUUUUUCCAAAGACCCCGUUACUCUUUCCUGUACUCUCUCUACUGCGACAGACUCCUUUCAGCAUCUAUUUUUAUACUGAAUGAUUAUAAACAGCUCUAAAUAACCCGUGUCCCGUCAUGGCGGACGGCGUUUUAAAGAGUUUUAUAGACACUGUGACAUUAACGACUGUGGAUGUUGUGGGAGAUUUUUGGCUCACCAGUCAAAAAAAAAAAAAAAAAAGAAAAAAGAAGAAGAAGAAGCCUAAAGACGGAUCACUGUGAAAGACUGGAGGCCCUCCACCUCCAGCCCAUGCAUCGUCUGUUUACCGAGAUGCUCGUUUUUAGUGGAUCCUUCAUGUAUCUGCUUUUGCAAUGAGUUAAUCAACCGAUCACCAGCUGCGUCAGAUCAGAAGAAGAGAUGUUUUAACAGUCAUGGAAAGAGUGUGAACACUACUUUGAUCCUGCAGAGUGUUUCUCUUCACAC